GUGGGAUUGGAUCAGGAUCAAGAGUAUAAACUUAGAAAAGGAUUAAUGUCGGGAUUUUAGAGAGAGUGAAAAAUGGAGUUGGAAUCAAUUAUUCAAUCUUCAAUUCCUACAUGGAGUUCAGUAUGUAUACUUGUCUCCUACUUAGUUUACUUAGGUCUUGCUGGAUCUCUUCUUCCUGGUAAUGAUGUUCCUGGUGCCCUUUUACAAGAUGGUACUCGUCUCCGGUAUCGCUGCAAUGGUCUCUUAACUCUUUUUCUUCUUAUUGCGUUACUUUUAUUUGGAGUCGUUUUCGAGUUUAUAUCGCCUACGGUUAUAGCUGAUAGAGGACUUGAGUUACUUUCUACAACUUUUUGUUUCAGUGUUCUGGUGACAUUGAUACUCUAUGUCGCUGGUUGCAACUCUCGCGCUAAAGGUUCAUCUCUAAAAUCACAUGCCACAGGAAAUUUGAUCCAUGACUGGUGGUUCGGGGUACAGCUGAAUCCUCAUUUUAUGGGAGUCGAUCUGAAGUUUUUCUUUGUUAGAGCUGGAAUGAUGGAAUGGCUAUUUAUUAAUCUCUCAGUUAUGGAAAAAAGUUAUAAAGAUGGCAGCUUGGGUCAAUCAAUGAUCCUUUACCAGCUGUUUUGUUCGUUGUAUAUUUUGGACUACUUCUGUUUUGAGGAGUACAUGACCUCCACAUGGGACAUUAUUGCAGAAAGGUUGGGCUUCAUGUUAGUAUUUGGAGAUUUAGUGUGGAUUCCGUUCACUUUUAGUAUCCAGGGUUGGUGGCUUUUAAGAAACAACGUGGAGCUACCAAAGGCUGCUGCUGUAGUGAACAUCUUAGUGUUUUUGAUUGGUUACCGGAUCUUUAGAGGAGCUAACAAACAGAAGCAUGACUUUAAGAAGGACCCCAAAGCUCCUAUAUGGGGUAGGCCCCCUAAAGUUAUUGGCGGAAAAUUGCUUGCUUCUGGUUACUGGGGAGUGGCAAGGCACUGUAAUUAUCUUGGUGACUUACUGUUAGCACUAUCCUUUAGCUUACCUUGUGGGGCCAGCUCCCCAGUUCCUUACAUUUAUCCCAUCUACCUUCUUAUUCUUUUAAUAUGGAGAGAAAGAAGGGAUGAAUCACGGUGUGCACAAAAGUAUCGAGAAAUCUGGAGCGAAUACUGCAAGCUUGUUCCACAUAGAAUUUUGCCCUAUGUUUACUAGUCAUCUUCAAGAACUUGUAUUCAUCAUAUACACCUCUUCCCUGCCUUGUAUGUAGGCAAUGCCAGAUGUAUGUAUUGGACGUCAGAAGGAAAGUUUGAUGUUUCACUUUGUGUAUUACUUGAAUAUCUUUUUGCCGUGAGUAUUUUGAAUUGUUAGUCAUCUUAAACUCAUUUGUAAACUGUAAUUUUCUUUUAGUUCUUGUUGUAAACUUUUCAGUCAUCUUAAGCUUAUUUUCAGAUCUCUGACAGGC